AGGAAAUCCCAUGAUGCAUUGUACUGCCCACGUAGGCAAACAGGAACAUGGCUGCCGGUGUUUGACACAGCAGCAGUACAUUUUCUCGAUUUUUGUCGGCCUGACAGCUCCCUAAAGUCCCCUCUUCACACUUGCUGUACAUCAAGACAGAAGCAAAACGUUUGUACGGUAUUCCUAGCGCAUUCCCUGACAACCGUGUUUUUGUUGUUGUUGGUCGCCAGCAAACAGUACUGUGUAUUGCCUUCUCAUGCACGAACAAAAAACAUCAAGUUUUGAGGUGCAAUGUUAGGAGGCACUCCAUAGCACUAAGUGAUAUCAGUCAGUACACUGUGAUCAUGGCAAGUCCAAGAACCAGAAGAGUUUUGAAGGAAGUGAGGACACAAGAUGAAAAUAAUCUGUGCUUUGAAUGUGGGGCUUUCAACCCUCAGUGGGUUAGUGUGACCUAUGGGAUCUGGAUAUGUCUGGAAUGCUCUGGAAAACAUAGAGGCUUGGGGGUACAUCUCAGUUUUGUACGUUCUGUCACCAUGGACAAGUGGAAGGACAUUGAGCUUGAGAAGAUGAAAGCAGGAGGGAAUGGGAAAUUCCGUUUGUUUCUUGAGCUCCAAGAUGAUUACAAUUCCAGCUGGACCUUACAGGAAAAGUAUAACAGCCGAGCUGCUGCACUCUUUCGGGACAAGGUUGCCACAGAAGCUGAGGGGAAGGAGUGGUCUAUAGAAACAUCUUCUGCCAAAAAUUGGACAUCACCCCAACCCAAAAGCAGCCUUUCAUCUUCCCAUCGAUCCGGAGGAUCUGGAGCAAACUCUGGCACAUCUGGUGACAAAGCUUUCGAAGACUGGUUGAGUGAUGACGUUAACUCUUAUCAGAGUGGAGCCGGUUACAGUGGGAAUCAAGAAAACCGCUAUGUUGGCUUUGGCAACACAGUGCCCCCAGAGAAAAAAGAGGAUGACUUCAUCAACAAUGCCAUGUCCUCCAUUUAUUCAGGUUGGAGUAAUUUCACAGUUGGGGCUUCCAAGUUUGCUUCCAUCGCAAAAGACAAUACAACAAAACUGGCAAAUCAGGCAACUUUGAAGGCCACAGAGUUAGGACAUACAAUAAAUGAGAGCGUUAUUAAACCUACCCAAGAAAAGGUGAAAGAUGGCAAAUUGCUAGAUGAAAUGACAGUCGGCAUCACUGAGUUGGCAAACAAGGUGCAGGGAGCUGGUUCCAAAUUGACCAAUCUCUUCUCGGGAAAACCAGAAGAUGGGGCUGCUGGAGAUAGCUACCAGAACAUGGGGGCUACAGAGGGCUAUCAGGGCAGUUCCAGCCAGCCUCUCUCAAAGGACUUCUGGGAAACAUUUGGUAGCAACAACUCCCUGAAGGCCAAGAAGUCCCCAAGCAGUGACAGCUGGACCAUUGCAGAUAAUUCUGCAAAGAAGAGCUCUGACAGUUGGGACAAUUGGGGCUCUGAUGCAGCAUCCAACAACAAACACAGCACAGAGGAGAGUUGGGAGGCCUGGGACAACAACUGGGAAAAUGCAGAGGGUAAGGCCAAAAAGAGUCCUACGAAACCUGCUGAAGAAACCUGGGGUAAUGCAGACUGGUAGUAGUCAAACCUUCCUGCCUCCUUUUCACUCCUCAUCCUACUGGUACUUACAGGGAAGGAGUUAGUUCCCUAACACUUCCUGCCAAAGCAUUCGUCUUGAACAGAUGCCCAAGGUUGACAUCAGCUGCAUGAUAACAGUCAUACUUUUAAAAAUUCUAACUUUGAAAAAUGACUUGGACUUUUUAAAAUAUACAGUAUAUCUGAUUGUAAAUGAUCACCACCCGAAAUGCUAAAUGACUACGGCACCCCAGAAAAUGCAAUAGUCGAUUAAAAAAAGCAAAUGUUCAUACUCUAUACUUGUUACAUCGUGAUACUGCUGUUCGUCACAGAAAAUUAUACUUUACAUAAAAUUUGUUGUCACGAUAAAACUUUGUAAAUACAUAGAGAGACGUGGCACUAUAAUAGUCUUUGUGGUCACCCACAUUGACUUAUUCCAUCCCCGGACCAUCAUCUCGAAUCCCCUUGCAUACUGACUUGGCAUUACAUUAAAAAAAAAUAUAUAUAUAUACAGUAUGUACAGUAAAAUAUCGAUAAAAAUAUAAACAUUGACAUGAUGCUUUAUCUUUCAUACAAGCAGUUAAAUAGUUUUCCAAAGAACAGUAAUUAACAGCUGUGAUCUGACAAAAAGCAAUUUUGAACUUUCUGAGCAAUGCCCCAUUAUUCCAUAGCUGAUAUAAACAAAAAUAGUUGAAAAUAUCCGUUCAUGGCUUUUCUUCACUGUACUGUGCUAAAAUGGAUCAUUUUGAUAAAACAGUUUUGUGAAUGGCAAUACUGUAUAUGUCACUAGGCAUAACUCACUUUCAACCAGCCAUUUGAUAUUUAGUAAGAGUAUGAACGUUUAAUAAAAUACUUUUUGUGCAAUAGUUAAACAUAGGAUCCCAUGCUCUUAGACACAGGAAGAGUAUAAUGUAUUAAGUUGGACAAAAUUAUGAAUUUAUACAUGCAGUCAAUACAUGCUUUUGUACUUGAUCAGUAUGAAAUAUUUUUAUGUGACGACACCUACAUUUUGGGCUGCUUCAUCUACAAAUCAUGAAUGCUGAAUCCUUAGGAGUAGUGUAGUUCCCUCUGAUUUGAUGAACUAGCAAAGGUGAGUUUGUGGGAAAGUUUCAUGAGAAUCAGCGUUAAUGUCCAAGUAUGCAACAACACAUAAGGAAUUUGUUUUUGGCAGUCGGUGCCACCCUGGUACGACAUUCAGAACAAACAAACAAGAACAAAGAACAAUCGACAUUCAAUUCGCAGGAACUAUCCUUGAUAAUUUAAGUCAAAACUCUCAUUGUUUAGAACUACAGUGUUUUGGGAAGUGUUCAACCUCACCAUCUUAUGUAAACUUUGAAUCUCUGUGACUGAAAGUGUCCCAAAUGAAUCUGUGAACCCCUCCACCUUUGUGGUUUGACUAUGCCUAUGCGCAGAUUUUUGGGGGAACCCAUCCUUAUUUGCUGUAGAAUUUCCCUGUUCAGUUUUGUGCUCAGGCACGUUCUCGUGAAGUAUUGGUGUGGAGGACUUUGAUUUAGAUAUUUGUGCUCUGCUUCCAUCUUCAGGCCUCUCUGGGCAAUUACGAAUACAAUUACUAAGAUUUUUUGUAUUCGUGGCAGGAUUUGGUCACUUUCCCACGUAAAUACCGGGGUUCAUUGAAAUUUAAACAAUGGAUUUAGACAGACAUACCAUAAAUGAUCAUUAUAGUGAUAAAAGAGGGGGAAAAAAAAUUCAACAUAUAUUAAAAAAAAAAAAAAAACAAGAAACGGCAAUUUGUUUUGUGGGCUUUGCUGGACAGAAAUGAGAUCAGUCGUUUCCAGCAAUGUAAUACUUCAUGUCAGACUUUGCAAAAUAUUUAGUCCAAAAUUAUUUUUCUAUAGCCGCAUUUAAUUGUUUAAGCUAUUAAGUGAUAUUUGAUGAAGAGUACUUUAUUCCAUUCCCUUUUUCUACCUCGAAGAAGAGUUUACUACACAUUGUGAUAUGUCUUUGUUUAAUGUGUCUGCAUUGUGAUAAUGUGGAUUUCAUGUUAAGUUCAAGCAAGACAAAAUGGUACAGCAGCAACAUUGAUGAUUUACUGUACAGUAUUAUGGUUAAAAAAAAAAGGAAAUACAAACGAGAUGACUCCAAGAACAGUUGCUGCUGUAUGCAUUUUUUUAAAGCCUUAAACUGCCGUUUUUUUGCUCUUUUCAUACUCAUAUCAGCUUGUCUGCGUAUGUAUGCAUGUGGGAGCGUAUGCGUCUGUGUGCUUGAUGCUGAGUUUUUUCAUGUCUCUAAAUAACCAUCUCCUAUCAGUGGUGUUCAUAUAUUGUCACCUGGAAGCAUUACUAUGAGAUAUUAUUUUAAUUUCAUGACAGCAUGCUAUAUAGCAUAUCUGCAGUUCGUUCCAAAACAGUUUUGAUAUCACGUGUGUCAAAUCUCGAGUAAGUGGCUUGUUGGCAUAAAUUUAACUUAACAAAUGCAUUGGUAAAUGUCGCUUAACAAAAUGCAUCCAGGUGCUGACAAAAACACAAAAUUUUGUCAACUGUAUAACCUAAAUCCAGUUCUCCACUUAAUUAAAAAAAAAAAAGUAGCUAAGCAGUUGUGCCUGUGAAACAUUGGCACUAUGCUAUGUUGUGUCUCAUGUCAGAGAUGUUAUUUUUGAUGUUGUGCAUGAGCUAGAUAUGUAACGUGACAAUUAAAACGUCCAACUGCUGUUAAAUCCUCAAAAGUUGUUUCUUCAGUAGAUUCAAGUCAAGUUCUGUAUGCUUCCCCAAGUUUCACCCCGCAUCAAUCCCAAAACGGGAGCCGGUGUUACACACUUCAGGUUGUGGAGACUUUUCCUGCACACAUGGUUUCUGUGUUGA